CACCCUCCGGGCGGGCUGUGAUUGGUCGGCGUGUGUCUCUCUCCAAUGUUUGUAAAUUGUAGUUCUCGGGACAGACUCAGCGCGCAAAGUGUCUCGUAAUGUCGGUAAAGCUGCGCCGUUUGCACCGCUUUUGAAAUUUACCGCUCUUCUUCUAACGGCGGGGCUGGAAACUCACCGCGACGUUUUUGGAUUUAACGGAACCGAACCAGGCACGGACACGCACGGUGUACGAUGGUCCUCAGUCAGAUGGAUGCCGGUAAAGCGUUGACGGCGGCGGCAGCCAAGGGGAACACCGGAGAGGUGCAGCGGAUCCUGGAGGAGUGCAGAGUGCACCCGGACACCCGCAACGAGUUCGGGAGAACCGCCCUGCAGGUGAUGAUGAUGGGGAACUCAAAGGUCGCCAGCUUGCUGUUGGAGAAAGGAGCCGACCCGAACCUGCAGGACAAACACGGCAUCGCUCCGGUCCACGACGCGGCCCGGACGGGGUUCCUGGACACUCUUCAGGUCCUGGUGGAGUACGGCGCGUCGGUGAACAUCCCGGACAAGAGCGGCGCCCUGCCCAUCCACAUCGCCAUCCGUGAGGGCCACCGGGACGUGGUGGAGUUCUUGGCGCCGCGGUCCGACCUGAAGCACGCCAACAUCAGCGGGCAGACGGCGAUAGACGUGGCCCGAGCUUCGUGCGUGCCCGACAUGAUGGAGCUGCUUUUCGCUCACAUCCACAGUUAGUCAGGCGCUCGUGACCUUUAACCCUUAAACUCUUUUUUUAUUUUCGGCUUCAAACCUGGUGACUUGAAUUCAUUGCUGUGUAAAGGAUUGUUUUUGUUAAUAGUGGCUCAGCAUUAAUAUGCGUCACAGGACAUAUUGUCUUGGCAGCUUAUUUUCAGUGGGUGGGUGUCUGCAUACAGCAGGCGCCCCUUUUGCACAGUGCAGUUGAGGCACCUUAUAUCUCUGUUUCCCUGGAUUGGGAGUGCACAUUUGUGGAUAGUUUCCCAGUGUUUUGUAAUGAUUGCAUUAUUUCCAUUGUGUAUGAAUUGUAGCAGUUGUAUAUGUGUUUUUAAACAUUUUUACAAGACUUGACAUGGUGCACCCUGAUUGCUUUUCAUAGUUUUGUUUCUCUUAAUUAGACGUACUUAGACUUUGAAUUGACUCUUAUUUAUUGUUGGAAUAACUCAGAAUAUUCCUGUGACUUUUGUAAAUAGCGACAUUUAUUGUGAUUUGUUUGAAAUGUUAUUUAUAUAAAAAACUUUUAAAACAAAAAGUGAGAUUAUUCACUUUAAUAUUUGAAGAAGAAAAGCACAAAAUAAAGUGUUUGAACUUGAA